AUGGACGCCAAUAUCACUAAAGCGCUCAAUGAUAAGCUCUACGACAAGCGCAAGAGCGGAGCACUCGAGCUCGAAGGCCUCAUCCGCGAUGCCCUCGCCGUCCAGGACCACGAUAGGAUAGCCAAGAUCGUGCACCAGCUCUGCCACGAGUACGCCUAUGCCGUCCACCAGCCACAUGCCCGCAACGGCGGCCUCAUUGGCCUGGCCGCGGCCUCGAUAGCCCUGGGACCUCAGGAAGUCGCUCGCUAUCUCGAAGAAAUCGUUCCCCCAGUACUGGCCUGCUUCAGCGACCAAGAUGCGCGUGUUAGGUACUACGCGUGCGAGAGCAUGUACAACAUCGCCAAAGUUGCAAAGGGUGAGAUACUCGUCUACUUCAACCAGGUCUUUGACGCUCUGUGCAAGAUGGCCGCCGAUUCGGAGCUCUCGGUCAAGAAUGGCGCAGAGUUGCUCGACCGCCUGAUCAAAGACAUUGUAUCCGAGUCUGCCGCUAGCUACGUCUCCGUACUACACACUUCGCCCGACCAGCAGGAUCCCAAUGACGAACCCCAUCCCUACGCCUUCAGCCUCGAACGCUUCCUGCCCCUCCUCGAAGAGCGCAUCAACGUCCUUAAUCCGUACACACGCUCCUUCCUUGUGGCAUGGAUAACGCUGCUAGACUCCAUACCCGAUCUCGAGCUCAUCGCCCAUCUUCCUCGUUUCCUCGGCGGCCUGUUCAAGUUCCUGAGCGACAGCAACACCGACGUAUAUACCAUGACACAGGCCGCGCUAGAUAGAUUUCUAAGUGAAAUCAAGAAGAUCGCACGCAUCAAGAAGGGCAUAGCCGAUAGUAAGAGGAGCAACAGCAAAGACGAGCGUAGACACUCUGCCGAUAGCCUACAUAGUGCGAGUGAGGCGACAGACACUACGCCCAUGGAGCCACUUGACUCCAUGGACGACAGAAACGACAUGAGCGGGGAAAGUGCGUCUGUCUCAGAGGACAGUGACAAGUCGGUCACUGGAGACGAGAACUGGAUACCAGGCCAGGACGUGCAUGUCGACCACCCCAAGAUCCUGGAGAUAUUGGUCGACUUCCUGGUUCCUCCGCCAGGCAAGUCCUCAGCGUACGGUGCUAUGGCAACACAGCUAACUCUAACAGACACCGAGGAGGAGCAAACCGAGAUAGUGCUCACUGCUCUCCGUUGGAUAGAUAACUUGUUCGAUAUUUGCCCAGAAGACAUUAUGCCCUUCGUUCCGAGCCUCCUGUCGCACGUCUUGCCAAGAAUGUCACACGAGGUCGACACGGUUCGCAAAGCGGCGGUCAAGGUCAACGCCGCGCUGAUGGACUACAUCCUGUCUCUGUCUGACGACAAUCGCCUUCGGGAUGGUGCCGGAAGCGGACAGAUCCAACUCCCACCAUCCCUGUCUGAGCUCGGUAAAGAGCUCACUGGCACACAGCGGCGCGAUUCGAACUUGUCUGGCAGGUUGCUCAAGGCAGUCAUUCGGGACCAAGCAAACAAAGCCGAAUCGCCUGAUGGCAAGGCCACGCGUUCCUCCACCCCAGCAGAGGCAGAGGAACGAGGUCCAUCGCCACGCCCCAUACCUGAGUUGGACUAUCAAGCUGCCGUCAGUGCUCUGACGUUGCAGUUUUUGAACGAACACGAAGCCACCAGAGUCGCAGCUAUAGCAUGGCUGAUUAUGCUCCAUAGGAUGGCUCCUGGCAGAAUACUCACCGUCGACGAUGGUACUUUUCCUGCACUCCUCAAGACGCUCUCCGACCCUUCAGAUGCAGUUGUUACCCGCGACCUACUUCUGCUUUCUCAAAUCUCAUUACACAGCGAUGAUACCUACUUCACAUCAUUCAUGGUUAACCUCCUGAAGCUGUUCUGCACUGAUCGUAGGCUGCUCGAGACUCGUGGCAAUCUCAUUAUCCGACAGUUAUGUCUUACACUCAGCGCUGAGCGUAUAUAUCGGACCAUGGCCGACUGUCUCGCUAAGGAUGAAGAUGUAGAGUUUGCGAGCAUAAUGGUUCAGAAUCUCAACAACAACCUCAUCACUGCGCCCGAACUGGCCGACCUACGGAGACGACUGAGGAAUCUUGACAAUAGGGCAUACCAUUUGCUUCAGGUCUUCGCCGAUCUUGAGAUGACUGUCAACAUGCUCAUUCAGAUCGAUAAGCUCGUUCAACUUCUUGAAUCACCAGUCUUUACCUACCUCCGCAUGCAACUCCUCGAGCCGGAAAGAUACCCGUACCUGUACAAGUGCAUGUACGGGCUACUCAUGCUUCUCCCCCAAUCCUCGGCCUUUGCAGCGCUUAAGAACCGCCUCAACAGCGUCUCGGCCAUUGGCUACUUGCACAUUGCGCCCCAGCGCAGCAGCUCGACGUAUGUCCACCCCUCUUCUUCGUCCCCUACCCUAAACCACUUGCGGCAAAAAAGCUCAGAGAUUGGGUCAAACAGUAGUAGCGGCAGCGGCCUGGCAGGCUGA